AUGAAGAACAGGCUCUGCCGUCCAAUUCCGCAUCCGGAUCAGGAUUUCGACUGGUUGGUCAUGACAUGCCUGAAUUUCGAGAACACCAUGCGGUGGCACGCGCAGCCCGAAACCGUAAAGUGGCUUUCCCAGGCUCGUCUAGACUGGGUCGGGGCCAUCUUAGCAACUGCCAGUACCGAUGGUGACUCUGCGACAGACCAGGACCCGAUGCAGGCUAUAGCUCUGAAGAUCUAUGCCGCGUGCGAGAAGCUCAAGGAUUUACUUGCUGAGCUUCCGCCGAAGGAUGCGGAACGGGUCAAAGCGCAAAUCAUUGACGCGUAA